AUGGGUUGUUGCGGAAACCGAAAGAAGGUGACGCGCGAGUUUGCCCAGCAGAAAUGGGACUACAUCAACCUCCAGGAUUUCAAGGCCUCUGGGUGUGGCACUCCCUUUGCCUACGGCUAUCUCUACUUCUCCCUCAUCAUCUCCAUUGCCGUCUACUCGAUUGACAGCUUUACCGCCGUGCAGCUGAUUGCCUUCAACAGGUGGUCUUCGGCCAUCAAACCAACCAUUUCUUUUGAUGUCUCCAAAUGGAUAUUUUCCAUCUGCAUCAUCCUGUCCUUUAUCAAUCUUGGCUACGAGGCCAUCCGCGCUACCCGUGUCAUCAAGCGAAACAACAUUGCCGAGUCGUACAUGGAUCCCCUGGCUGUUCGUUGGGAGUCGGUUCGCUUUGGCAAAGCACAGGGAUGGCGCCGAUUCUUGGUCUUUGCUUCCCUUACCAAGAGCAAAAAGGGAGCCCAUUACAUUGCUUUGUUUACUUACUUCAGUUUCAAAUCUUGGAUCCGCGUACUGGUCUGCUCCGGCCCUCGCCAGGUCAUCAACGCCUUCACGCUCAAAUCUGUCUACGAAGCCAAGCUCGCCACCCAAGCAAAAUCUGUUGAUGGCGCUUUCCUUGGCUUCUUUGACAAGGUCAAGAUUCUCGCCCAGGAAGACUACCGCCAAGCAGCCAUUUUGUCUGGCAUGGCCUUUACCUUUGUGGUCUGGGCAUUUGCUCUCAUCUUCCUCCUUGUCGCCGUCAUCUUUUACGUCACGUUUCUGUUUUAUUGGAUCCCCAAAGCCGACGGGGGUCUAACCGGCUACUGCGAACGCAAGGUCAACAAGGCGCUGCUAAGUAUCGUCAACAAGAAAAUCAACAAAGCGUUUGCCAAGAAUGAAGCCAAAAAGAUGAAGGCAGAGGCCAAGUAUUACAAGGUGACUGGCGAAAAGUUGCAGCCAGAGCGUGCUGCUACCUUGCCCGAUAUUGCCCUCGCCGACGACAAGCUACCAGGCAUGCCCAUGCUCAACCGGGCCGACACUGGAAGCACGCUGCCCGGCUACCAAACUCGCCCCAGCACCCCUGGUGGUAUCGAGCUGAGCAGCAUGAACAGAGCUGCUCUGACCCGCAGUGAAACGAAUGGCUCCGAUUCCAGCUACUCUCCCAAUGUGCCUCUGAUGAGCGCCGCGGCAGAUAUGGGUUACGGGCCCGCGCCGAUUCAGCCACCCAUGAUACCGCCACAGCGUCCCGGCACCGCCAUGUCGCAACGCAGUCAAGCUUCCGGUGUAAUGCCGCUGCAACGUCCUAGCACCGCCAUGUCGCAGCGAGGCCCGGCUCCUGGCAUGGUGCCUCAACGCCCUGGAACAGCCAACUCACAGCACAGCCAAGCCUCGCGGGCCGGAACGGGGACUCAAUAUCCAUACGGCAAUGCUCCCACUCCUCGACCUGGUAUGCAGCGUCCCACUGGGCCUGGAGGCGGCCCGUCGAUUCCUGGCGCCGCUUUGGGUUCCAUGCCCGUGCUGGGUGAAGAAUCUUCUCGAUUUGGACUUGGGCCGUCUAACUCGCAACGGAGCGUUGGUUCCCAUUCGGUUUCGUCAAUGGGCGACUCAGUAGAUGGGUCAGAGCACGCAUUCCGUCAGGGGGCCGCCAACGCUGCACCUCAACGAGGCAUGCAAGCACCAUCUCAAAAACAAUUUCGACCAUAUAACCCCAACGUGAGACCACAGAGCCCUGCCGCGGGAAACCCAUAUUCCGCCGAGCAGUACGGAAUUCCAAUGCUCCCGCCGGUUCGCAGUGCUACAAUGGGGUCUGCGCUUCCGAGUGGGCCGAUGCAUCCGGCACAGAGAUCCGUGACUGGUCCGGUGCCUGUCCGGGCAGCAACAACCGAUCCGUAUUUCCAACGGGGUCCGCCCGCGCAAAAUGCACCCUUUGCUCCGAUUCAGCGCAGCAACACUGGCGAGGAAUUUGCAAAUGGACGCUGGGUUCCGCCCAGCCAGCGCAACAAUCCACAGGCAUAUGACUUGGAAGCGCAAUUCAACAACGGACAGAGGUACCAAUACUAA